CGCGAGGCUACUCUCAGGAUGAAACACCAGUAGUAACGAAGGUUUGAUGCGUUAAUUUUAUUAGACAGCUUCAAAAGAAAAUAUUUAAUGCGAAAAAAAACACAUAUUACUUUUUUGGUCUCAUCGUGAGAGUGCCAUGAGCGGAAACAUUCAAAGAAAGUGGAUCAGAGUAACGAGUUACGGGUUCUGUGGCCGUGGUGAUCAUUACCGCUGAUAAUUUUCGAUCGUGGUAUGCCAGUUGCUUCAGCCAUGGACGGACCUCCCUCGUUUUCCGUUGCUGAGGAUGGAGACGGAAGACCUUUCAGUGAGAUCUAUGCUCGCCAGUUGAUCUCCAAGAUAAGCAGAGAGGAACUUGAAGACAAGUAUUUGAGGCUUCAGGAGGACAAUCAGGAGUUAAAGAAGUAUGCAAGGAAACAAGAAGAGAAGAUCAAAAAGAUGGCAACUAAGCUGCUACGAUUGGUGCAUGAUAAGAAAAGGGAAGCCACAGAUGGAGUGUCUGCUGUAAACAACUUGGAAACAAGAGAGAAAAUAGCAGAUCUGGAAGCUAAAAUUAUAGAUUUAGAAAAGCAGAAUGUUGGAUUGAAAAAUAAGCUUAUGGUUGCCAAGCAACAACUACAGACUCAAGGGAAGCGUGCUACACCUUAUGACCAUGUAAAACCUCGUGUUCAAACAGGUGUUCAUGCCAGAACACCAUCAGGAAACCGACUGAGGAAAGACUUAAGAGUUCAAGGUCAUGAUAUGAAACCGGGAUCAAGAGUGCCACCUCCAAUGCUACCUCAACCAAGGUAUGGGCACAGUCUUCUUGAAGAAGCAAGGCUAGAAAAAAGGGAACUAGAGGAGCUUAUUACUCAGCUUCAAGAUCAAAUUCAACUACUUGAUGAAGAUGGAGCCCAGUUAAGGGAACAGUUAAGACAAAACAAACUUCACCAUGAGGAUGAAAUAAUGCAGUUGAAAGAACAACUGUCAGAUGCACAAAGGUCAAAUAUUCAAGAGAAUGUUGACUUGAUAAAACUUCAGAGGGAGAUGAAGGAAAAAGUUACAAAGUUUGAAGCUCUGCAGGCCAAGUACUUAAAUUUAGAAGAGAAUCUUGCCAAAGUAAAAGCAAGUCACACUCAGGUUCUUGAGGAUAUGGAAAAACUAAAUGAAGAACUUAAGAAGGAACAAACAAAGAAUUUUGCUUUAAAGAAUGACCUCAAGACCGGAGGAAUAGCAUCAAAGUCAUUGUCAGAGCAACUUCAAAUGAUUGGUGAUCUGAAAGCGGAUAAUGCUAUCUUGAAAGAAGCGAAUGAAAAACUGGUUAACAGUGCUUUUGAUGCUGAACGCGAAAGACAACACCGAGCUAAAUACAGGCAAAUGGAGGUGGAGAUGGAGCAGCUAAGAGCUACUUUGCAUUCAGACUUACAGGAGAAAAAUGAAAUUCUUGACAAAUUAACCAGCGAAAGAGAGUCUGCUGAAAAGUUAAACUCGGAGCUACGUGAAUUGAGGGUACAACAUUACACAUUAAAAGAACAAUACGAUGACUUGAAGGAGAAGAUGAAGUUCUUUACUAAGGAAAGUGCGGUGGAUUUUCAGGAAAUUGAAGAAGCCCUUGUGCUGAUCAAACAUAGGAAAGAACAAGGAAGCCAGGACUUGGAUUUCUUGGAAAAGGUUGAUGAUGAAAAGCAUAAAGAUAUGAAACGACAAGUACAAGAAUUUCAAGCUGCACACGCGGACACAAUUAAUGAGCUUGAGAAGACAAGAAAUAUGUUGAUUAUUCAGCACAAAAUUAACAAAGAUUAUCAGACAGAGGUGGAGCGGGUAACCAAGAAGAUGACUGAAGAUAAGAAAGAGUAUGACUUCAAGAUGCAAGAGUAUGCUCAAUUACUGGACAUAAGGGCUGAUAGAAUACGAAAACUUGAAAGUCAGAUGCGUGACGUAGCAUAUGGAACCAAACAGUACAAAGCUGCUCCUUUAGAGCAGGAUUCCGAGUUCGAAGAAAUGGAUAGUACAGUAGAGCUGGAGCGAGGACAGAACAUCUUCGAAAUUCACAUUGAUAAGGUUAUCUUGUCUCAGGAAGCCAUGAAAGAGUUUGAAGAUGACGAACCGGUGACGUUUGUGACGUACGAGUUUUUUGAACACGAGCUUCAGACGACGCCCGUUGUUAAGGGGACCAGACCCGAAUUCAAUUUUACCUCACAGUAUCUUGUGCGAGUUGACGAUUUCUUUCUGCAUUACUUACAAAAGGAAUCCACGUUGAUAGAAAUCCAUCGAGCAUUUGGAACGGACUACAAGACUGUGGCAGCUUGUCAACUGAAGUUUAGGGACCUUCUUGAAAAACCUCACGGUAGAGUUCACGGCACUGCAAAGCUAAUUGGCAACAGGCCCCCAUGCCAAGGCGUCGAGUUUGCGACCUUAGAAUACUGGGUCAGACUAAGAGUUCCCAUGGACCAAGCAAUUAGAUUGUACAGAGAACGUACCAAGGCACUGGGUUAUAUGAAUUCCGGAGCUUAUAAAGCCCUUGAAGACGCCGGUCACGUGCCGGACAAACCGCCCUCGGACGUCAAUGAACUUGACAUUCAUGUUAUCAGGUGCAGUGCAAUUCAGCCCAGGAGACCGGGGAUACAGCCCUGUCCAUACGCGGUUUACCGUUUCUUUGAUUUUGCUGAUCACGACACAGAUAUUGUGCGGAGCACCAACACACCUGAGUUCAAUGACGUUAAGACAUUUCCUGUCCCCAUGACAACUGAGCUUGACACGUACCUUAGAGCUGCGACCCUGGAGAUCUAUGUAUUUGAUGACGCAGAUCCCGAACCUACGGUGUACCUGGGACUGGCUAAAGUACCUUUGAUAACAUUAGCUAACGACAAACCAGUCAAGGGAACGUUUGAACUUAGAAGGCCCUCGGGAGAUGUAAACGGAGCGAUUGAUGUUUACCUAAAGUGGAGAUAUACGUAUCUUCCGGCCAGUGCCAAGCCCCGUGCGGCACCUCAGCGUGUGAUGCGCAUACCAGAUGAUAAUGAGCCGUUUAGCUCUGACAGUGAACCUGAAUUCAAACCUGUCGUCAAAUCACCGAAUAAGAGAGAAAAACCUCCCUCGCCGGUGGACUCGUCCACCCCGAAACAAGAACAAAGUGAAGAAAAAGUAGCCAGACGAGAGUCGGCUCAGCUGGCGCAGUUGCAACGAAAGCCGUCAGAUCAAAAAGAGAAAACUGAAACCAGAGUAGAGGAGAAGAAAAAAGAAAAGCCAGUUGAGUCCAUGUCAGUUGAUGAGUUAGUUGAGGCGACGGCACAGAAACCUCAGCCUGCCCCGCGCACCCGCAAAGUGGAGCUUGAGAAACCCGUGGAGGAGAUGUCUAUUGAUGAGAUGGCCAAGGCUGUCGAAGAAAUAAGAGAGGAGCAUGGGGACCAGGUGAAAUCAACUGGAGAAAUCAGUGAGACCUCUGAAGAUGAACAGAAUGAUGAAGCUCUUGUAGCUGAGGAAAUGAGGCGAACAACCGAAGCAGCAGCUAGCGAGGACACCAUGUUUGAGGAGCAACAUUCUGAACCUGAUUUCGAUUCGACACUCGGUGACGAGGUGGACAUACCCCUUCCCGCAGCAGAGUCCAAGGAAGAACUGGACGACGAAGCAGAGGAAAUUGAAGAGGAGAUUGAUGGGGAAGAUAAGGAGGAGGAGGAGGAGGAGGAGGAGGAUGAGGAUGAGAAAGAGGCGGGCGAGGAGGAAAGUGAGGAGGAACAGAAGAAAGGAGAUACAGUUUGGGAGAGUGCAAAUGAAACAAGUGAAAAUGAAGUGGUGGUCUCUCCGAGGCAUUCUCGAGCCAAAUCUGUGGCCAAACCUGCUUCCACGGUUGUCGUUCAAGUUACCAGUCUCACCCUGGACCCAGAGGCACCGAUCUUACAAGACCCGAACGUCAAACAACUGUUUAUAGCUUACAAGUUCCUCGACUACGAACCCGCUGAUUUGGAAACGCCAAUGUCAUUACCAAAGCCGGCACCUUAUAGACCGAUAUACUAUAACUUCACGAAAGUUUUUCACGUGGAUGCAGAAAAAAAUCAGGAAAAAAGAAAUUACUUGGCUUACAUGCUGUGCAACGAUCCUAAACUCGUUUUCACUGUGGUCAGCGACCCACCUGAGGGUGAUGACGAAGGGGACUGUGUUGACGUAGCCUAUGCGUCUGUGGAUUUUGUGCAGAUUUUAAAUGAAGGGGAUUACGUUGACAAGGAUAUAGCACUUUAUGACAUUGAAAGUGAUUCCGAGAUCGGAACACUUACUGUCUCUGUGGAAGCAUCAGAAGCUCUGCUAGAAUUGUAUCAAGAACAGUGAAUCCUCGAAAGAACCUCCAUUGAAAAUUUUGCAGCAAUUUUAUUUCACAGAGUAGUGAUUUUUACUGUAUUAGAGGAACAAUAAAUUUCUGCAAUUGAGAGAGGUUUUGAGGUAUGUCAUACAGGCACACUAAAUAACGAAGAGAAGUUGGUUAGUCUUGUAAAAAAAAAAAAAGAAAAAAAAAAGCAGCAAAGAGGCUGCAGUCUUUUUACCAGACGAGUGUAUUUAGUUUAGCAUUGUAAGUCUGUAAAAAUUGCACUCUUGUAAAUAGAUUUAAUUAGGCUGUUGAAGUUAUUUAUUGUAAAUUUCAUUUGAAAGGAAAAUAAAGCGUAGUAUAAAAAAA